CCUCCGAUAUUAUCGUUCCAUCUUGUGGUUUUACAGUCUGCUGUCCUCAUCCGCGAGUUGACGUAGAUCCCCUAAAUUCGUGGUUAUACCAUUUUGUGUCUUGCUGACAGCUUUAGAGCCUUGACAUUUUACGGUUGUGCUGCGGAGUGAUAUUCCAUUGGAACCGACAAUGUGGAGGCUGUGAAAAUGUCUACUUGGGAAAAGAAAUGAUUGCAGAGUCUCUAGGUGAAAGGAAACAGAGUAACGGACGAGUUAUGACCUGCGAUAAAGACGCGAGGUCGACUUCGUAACGAAGACAAACAACGAGUCGAGGCAACAGAGGAGCGGUUUAUAUAGUCUUCCCUGCGCUUAAUCGAGCCCACAGUCCGGGACCACGGGAGAAGGAUACUAUCCCUAACUUUGUUUUUCCUCUCUUCUGAUACACUGCGGUAUCACUGCCCGCUGCUGGAUGCCACACUGCUGACUCCAGUCUGUUGCUGAGACUGAAAAGGCCCAGUGAACAGCAUCAGAGAAUGGCUGCAGUGGAAAACGACAAGGAGCUGAGCGACUUGCUGGAUUUUAGUGCGAUGUUUGAACUUCCAGCUUCGAAUGGAAAGAACGGCCCGACGACUCUUGCCAGCAGUCAGUUUGGAGGUCCUGGUAUAGAUGAGAGGAGAGGGUCCAGUCCUUGGGGACCAGGGGAACAGACUAGUCCAUCUUUCAACCAGGGAAGGGUUUAUGAAGAGGGCCUUUACAGUGAGAGAGAAAGCCUGGCCUCCACCCCAGUGUUCGGAUCAGGGAUUGCUGUGAAGGCAGAACGAGGCUCGUACUCAGCAUUUGGGACCCAGCCUGGUUUUAUGCCAAGUGAGAUACCCCUGCCCAGUCCUGAUAGCCUUUCCCCACCUACUGCCAAGUCCAAUUCCCAGUUUUAUUCAUCCUAUGAGAGAAGAAGACCCCCACAGGAACUCACUGCAGAACCACAGCCAAAAAAGAUCCGUAAGGUCCCUCCUGGCCUCCCCUCCACAGUUUAUCCAACAACCACAGGAGAGGAUUUUAAUCGGAACACUGCUUGCUUCCCAGCCUCCAAAGCAGGAAAUGUCUACCCAUCAUCGUUCUACAUGCAAGAAGGCCUCCACCCGCCCUCUGAUCUUUGGGGCUCUGCUGGGUCGAUGAUUCAGUCUGGUUAUUCUGCGGUGUUGGGGAACUCCCCCCAUCUGGGCCAGCACGGUCCAUUCACUGCCAUCAACCCUCAAGACAGAAUGAAACGACAUCCGCUCCCCCUCUCCCCCCAAAACUACCCCCUCCACGGCAGCGAGGUGAACGGAGCUCAUCCCACCAGCUUCCACGCAGGCUCUAGCAGCUUUGGGGUCCCCAGCCACACGCCCCCUAUCGCCAGCACUGAAACUAUUAUGGCAAAUCGGGGUGCUGUACCAGGAAGUUCGGGUGAUGAGAUCGGAAAAGCCCUGGCAUCCAUUUAUCCUUCAGACCCCAACAGUAACGCUUUCCCUCCAUCGCCGUCUACUCCCUCUGGUUCACCACAGGCUGUAUCAGGCUCUGGCUCACAGUGGACUCGGUCCUCAGGCCAGGCCACCCCUUCACCCAAUUUUGAGGGUGUAAAUCAGUCUAUGCCGAGUAAAUUGGAGGACCGCCUGGAUGAAGCCAUCAAUGUUCUUCAGCGACACGCCAGCGGACAGGGAGGGCCGGGACUUGCUGAAAUGCACAGCUUGUUGUCGGCUGGCUUAGGGAUAGCACCAGGCUUCAACAGUGCCGCCCUCGGACUGGCCAGUCGUCUGCAAGGACUGGUUUCCAGCCACCUUGAGGAUUCUGUUGGUCUGCCCUCUAGUGGAGGACGUUUGCAUCACGGUCCUUCAUCUGUUCAUUCAGGCUCUCAGCCGGACGGUUUCACAGGACUGCCUGGAAGCGGGAAUCGUUCCAGUGGCACAGCUAUCAAGCGAGAGGAGAAAGAGGAUGAUGAGAAUUGCUCUAUGACAGACAAGUCAGAGGAUGACAGAAAAGAUCUGAAGGCUCGUCUUCGAUCAAGUAGUCUGGAUGUUGAGGAUGACGAUGAAGAUCUACCAGUGGAGAUAAAGGCUGAGCGGGAGAAAGCACGGAGCCUUGUCUCUUUGAGCGACGAGAACCUGACUGCGGAGGAGAAGGAGCAGAGGGAGCGCGAGCGCCGCCUGGCUAACAAUGCUAGGGAGAGAGUGCGUGUUCGUGACAUAAACGAAGCCUUCAGAGAGCUGGGCAGGAUGUGUCAGGUCCACCUGCAGAGUGACAAGGCCCAGACCAAGCUCAUCAUCCUGCAGCAGGCUGUCCAGGUCAUCCUGAGCCUGGAGAAGCAGGUGCGAGAGCGUAAUUUAAACCCAAAAGCUGCCUGCCUCAAGAGGAGAGAGGAGGAGAAGGUUUCAGGGCUGGACCACCAGAUGCAGCUGGGUGGGGGUCACCCUCCUCUUGGAGGUGAUGGACACAACCCUGUGAGCCAUAUGUAAUUCUGAGUUCCUGUUGAUUGUCCAGCCCUACGAACACGUGGCCUUAUCGAUCAUCGUCGUGCAUCUCAGUGUGUGAUAAUCAUGGAGACACCUCAUUACUGACAAAAUAGGUGGCCACAUUCCUGACGAUGGGAACAAUUAUAAGAAGCACACAGGAUCUAGUGAAAGAAUGACAGUACUUAGGACAGAACACACUGCCUUUGGAGACAGUGGAUAAUGGACUACUAAAAGAAUGCUCUUAUGAUAAUGUUUUUGUAGGACAUUUUAAAAUUUGAUCUACACUUUGGGAGCAAAACCUGUUUGGAUCAAAUAACAUGUUUUGGAUCAAUUGCUCGUGUGAUUGAAAUUGGGGUUUUUCUUGUUGAGUAGUUAUUGGCAUUCCCAUCCAAAAAAAGAGGUCUUACGUUCUUCACAGGCUGAAAAGGAUGACUUAUAUCUGUCGACUGAACAAAAAUCUGUUUAACCAUGCCUUAAUCACACCUCAUGUGUAGGGUUUGGUUUUUAGAAAAGUCACGACCCUCAUGAUGGCUGAACUACAGAAUAAAAUGAAGAUACUAUGCGAAAGCAUUCAAACCCCUCCAACGUCUUCACGUUUUGUCACAUUGCAACCUCACUGUUCAGUGUAUUCUGUUGAGAUUUUAUGUGAUACACCAAAACCAAGAAGUAUUUCAUUGAGAGGCUGAAGGAAAAUAAAACAUGGUUUUCAAAAUUGUUUACAGAAAAAGAAAAAUAUGGAAUGUGUGACAGGCCUUUCUUUCAAUCCCGCUGUUUAAGCACUUCUUAAAGCUCCCCUUUUCUGCAAUUACAGCUGAAGUUAUGUUGAGGAAUGUCUCCACCUGCUUUGCACAUCUAGAGACUGGCAUGUUUGGUCAUUUUUCUUAGCAAAUGAGCUCAAGUUUUUUUGCAAUUAUGCACUACUUUACAUUGCUCUUACAUAAAAUCCAAAUAAAAUGCUCUGAGGUUUGUGGUUUUAAAGUGACAAAAUGGGGGAGAAGGUUCAAGGGGUGUAAAUCUUUCUGCAAGGCACUCUACCUGGUGAGUUAGAACACCUGGCUUCUUUGUAUUUCAGUGGCUGAGAAGGUGCCACUCGGACCUUGGGUUACUUUUGUUUACUUUGCUCAGAACUGCGAACCCCUAGUCUUUAAUCUCUUAAAGGCGUGUACCUCUGUUAUUGUCACUGCCAUGCUAGUGGAAUGGAAAGACUGCCAGAGAGAGACACACGACUCAGAGUGAAAGCAAAACACACAGGGAGGUUGAUUUAGGUAUGAUUUGGCUUAGCGACAACCCGGUCCGGGCCAGCUGCAGGACCCAAGCAUUCUUCGCCACAUUAAAGUCAGACGCUUCACCCUGCACGCAUCACGUCUUACAUGAUGCUGUUGCAAGAUGGUGAACUGAUUUAAGCUUCAAAGCAGUUUGCAUUGUGAUAAACCGCAUUUUGCUUUACUAAGUAUUGUAAGGGAUCAUGAGUGUUACCGCUACCUUUAAGACAAUUUCCUCUUUUGUCACCGACUGACUUGUUUUGGUCGCUCUGUGUUGAGCGUUAGGUGUUUUCAACACCCACCCAGCCCCUUAUUGAACAAUUGUGAGGCCUGUUAUAGGGAUCUUCCUGUUGUAGAAGUCAUAUUCUCUCUUUGUUUUUGUAUUUUAUUUUUUACGUUGUAACAUAGUUGUUUUGUUUGUCUCGUUUGGAAUGCUUUUUCCUUUUUGUUUACAUUGUUUUAAUGUAAGACGACUUAGAUUCCACGAACAAAUCGAGGUUCUUUCUUUGGUGCCAGAUGCUUGAAAAUGUUAGCAAUGACAAAUUAUUCUGCUAUAACAUCACAUGUUGUGAUAUUGGUCUAUUUGUUAAGUAUACUCUUGUUUGAACAAACCAAACCUCAUUGGCCAGCUGUAAUUUACUAACGUUUUUUAAAUGUACGAUUUCUUUCUUUUGCCCCCCCCUAUUAUCCAGCUUUAUGAUGAGCUUAUUGAUUAAUUUGAAGAAGGGGUAAGGAGGGGGGUGGUGCUGCAACAAAAUUCAUUUUCAUUAUGAUAAGAAACCCUUGAAUUGAUUUUAAAAAGGUGGCCUUAGUCAUUUUCCCUGACUUUGGGAGCUUAUAUAAUGGUUACUCACCAGUGCCUCGAUGUGUCCCUGUGGAGGAUGUUACUUUCAAGGUUUUAUAACUUGUAUUUUCUUGCAAUACAGAUGUAUUAAAACAUGUAUACUUCAGUAACAUCUGUCACAUGAAAACACCUGAUGCUGUAUCCGGUGUAUGUGUCAUGAGAUUAGUUACAUGACUUACAACUUUCAUGCUGAAAGUUGCACUGAAAUCUCUCCUCUUUCACCUUUGUUGUUAGGGAUGUGCUUUGCCUUAGAACUGGUAUGUCCAUUGAUACAUAUGUACAGCUGUAAGAUAUGUCCAUGUCAAUCUUAUCACUGAAAGCUGAUACCGACAGAGAACAGUAUUUGUCAUAUUGUCACUCAUCCUGCACUGUGGACGUGUCUCAUUCAUUCAAACGUUUCCCAAGGGAAAAAAAACAGACUUUGUGUAAUUUGGAAAACCACUUUUAAAUAUUUACUUUAGUCAGUGAAUAUUUCUGCAGUAACCUUGUCUCAAAAUGUUGAAUUGAUAUGUUUGUAAACAGACCCUGUCUGUCCUCAGUGAAAAAUAUCCUGCUACAGAUUUCUGUCUUCUCAUGUUUGGGGACAUUAUCUAUGUAGGCUGUGUCCUCAAAGUGCCUCCAGUUUCCUAUUUUUUAUAUAUAAAGUAGAUAUUGAGAACUGUUGUGUAUAUAACAGUGAUGUAGCAAUAAAUGUGCCAUUUUUAAUAACA